GUCCCCCGGUCAAUCUAAAGCGACGAGCGCGGGGGGCAGGUGCAAGUCCUCCUGCAAUGGAUACUUUUACCAGCCAAUCGUGCCCUGGCCCGUCUGCUCCCCAAAUGCCUUGGAGCCAAUGAGCUGAUGCGGAGCUGGUGGGGUGGGGGGUGGGAACGGCAGGGAACCAGCGGAGCCCAGGAGUCGCGGGGAUUCUCGCUCUGCUCCGGGCAAAGAGGGCCGCGCGCUGCACUUCUCGCGCCUGAGCUGACACGGAAGGCGCGCUGCUGCUGUUUCCCCUUGCUGCGGGUUCCCUCUGGGUGUCGUCGGAAUGGUGAUCAAAGUGUUCGUAGCGACGUCCUCGGGGUCUACCAUGGUAGGUAUAGCCAGGCGAUGUACGUUCCCACGGGUAAGAGCUUCCAGAAGCUUUGGGAAGCACUUUGUUGACGAGGAAAGGGGCGUGGUGCACAUAGGUCUUGGGUGUCUUCUGUUUUUUUUGCAAAUCUAGGAGGGCCAUGGGAUUGGUCUGCAGCAGCAGUUAAAGUUAACAGCUUAAUGCAUCUCAGGAAGCGGGUUUGAGUCCACCGAAACUGACCGAGACGUGUCCGUUGUUAUUUAAACGGAGGCGCACCGCAAUCUUCCCGACUGAUUCAAGGUGCAGAGAAACACGGAGGCUGAAAUACUCUACUUCCUCAGGAGUAAGCCUACUUGAACUCACGGGGACAUUCUUCUGAGUAGGAUUGCCCUGUGGAAUAAUGCCACAUCUUUGUGCAUGCCUGCACAUCAGUGAAAAAAAACAACCUUUGCACAACAUAUUCCUUUUAGCAAGUUUUGCAGAUCUUUCUUUAUUUUUAUAAAGCAUUCUGCUUUUGCUAUUGGAACAAUAAUGAUCAUCAGGCUUGGUUGUGGUGUGUAGACUUUUUCUUUUGAGAAAUAUUGCUAUAUAAGGGGUACUGCUCAUGUGCACAAAAAUUAAGCACAUGCUAUCUUAGCAUUGCCAUCUUAACAUUUUAAAUCUUUCUUACCGUGAGUUUUGAGCAUGCCUACUGUUAAGUGAUCAGAACAGCUAUGCUGGCUGAAGCUAGCAAACGGCAUGCACUGAGAAGUUUGGAAGGUGGGACCUGGGCAUGAACUGUUUCCUUUUAUAUCCAGUUCCCACAUGAGCUCAAAUUGCAGCCCUGGCUGAGCAAUCAGUCACAGUGACACUUCUAAACAAACUGACUGCUGCUUGCACAUAGCUCCGAGGCUGCAUUGCUAACUGGCUUGCACUAACACAACCUCAAGAAGUUUCCAGAGCAGAAGGACUGAAAAGGACUAAAUGGAAAAGCUUGUCUUCUCCGCAACUGCAGGCUGCUCUCUUUAGCACCUGGGUAGCAGAGCUUCCAUUUGGCCCAGUAUACUUCAAAGAGAAUUGUAUUUGCAUUUGAUUGUGUAUAAUGGAUGAUGCCAUUUGCUCACCACCUGCAAAUAUAACAUUGUCCCACACCUGUAAUUAGGAUGCAGUGCUUAUAGUGUAAUCCCAAGCAUGAGGCUGCAGUCCUAUAUUUACUAAGACUCAUUGAAUUCAGUGGAGCUUUCCUCAGAGUGAAUAUGCACAGGAUUGUGGGGUAAAGCUUCUUGGUUUAGAAAUGUACUUUUUUUUUUUUUUUGAAAACUGAAAUUGCUAGAUUGAUCAACUAAAACAAAUAGGAUUCAUCAAUUAAAUUUCUUUAAGCAGGUUGAAACCCUAGUUGUUCCACUGUAGUGGGUUGUCAUGUGGCAGAACUUAAUACCUCCGGUAGUAUAUAUGAUCCAUGUUAUGAGUACAGUCAGAAAAAGGAUUGGAUAUGGAGACAAAGAACCUCAGACUCCUCUUACUGGCUUAGCAUAUUCUUACUAGUGUGAAUUGGGGUGUGUAUAAGAGUCAAAGAAGGCAUUUUUAAUUCACUGGAUUCCCUAGCACUUUUGUUUUAAAUAGGAAUGGUAUUCUUCUAACACCACCAUCCUAACCAUGUCUACUCAGGGGUAAGUUCUAUUGACUCCAGUGGGGAUUCCUGCCAGGUAACUGAUGUUAGGAUUGCACCCUAAAUGCCUCCUGUUACACUCCUGUUUAUUUAUCAUAGGCAUCUGGGUCCUGUUAUAAACCAUCCUUCCAUUAUUUUCAGCGAGAUGAGCGUCGCAACCCCAGAGUCGUCCACGACUGGACCUAAUGGUCAGGGGUCCCUUUACCUUUUUAUAAAGUAUAGGUAAAGGUACGCCUGAUCGUUAGGUCCAGUCACGGACGACUCUGGGGUUGCUCGCUCUAGAGGCUGAGGGAGCCGGCGUAUGUCUGCAGACAGCUUCCGGGUCAUGUGGCCAGCAUGACUAAGCCGCUUCUGGUGAACCAGAGCAGCGCAUGGAAACGCCGUUUACCUUCCCGCCGGAGCGGUACCUAUUUAUCUACUUGCACUUGAGGUGCUCCUGCUAGGUGGGCAGGAGCUGGGACCGAACAAUGGGAGCUCACCCCGUCGUGGGGAUUUGAACUGCCGACCUUCCAAUUGGCAAGCCCUAGGCCAUGGGAAGGCAAACUAAAGCCUGGGGGCCGGAUCCGGUCCAGUCACCUUCUGAAUCCAGCCUGUGGACAGUCCAGGAAUCAGCAUGUUUUUACAUGAGUAGAAUGUGUGCUUUUAUUUAAAAUACAUCUCUGGGUUAUUUGUGGGGCAUAGGAAUUCAUUCUUUUCUUUUUUUCAAAAUAUAGUCCGGCCCCCCACAAGGUCUAAGGGACAGUGGACCGGCCCCCUGCUGAAAAAGUUUGCUGACCCCUGCCCUAGGCUCUGUGGUUUAAACCACAGUGCCACCCGCGUCCCUUCAUGUAUACUAUAACUUCCCCCAAAGGCUCAGAGUGGUUUGCAUUUUAAAGGUACUUCACUUUAUACAAAUUCAUGUGACUCCCACUACCACCUGCAUUUCACAUCUCUCUGUUGUUUUUUUUACAACACAGAUAACAUUUUAAACAAUAUGACCACAACCUCAAAAGCAGCUUAAUCACACAUACAUGCAAGCAAUGCUAACUAUGCACUGAACAACUACUAGCCCAAACAUUUUGCAUCAACAAUUUGUAUACCUAUCUAAUAUAUUUGUAGCAGAAUCCACAAAAGGUCAGUGAAAUUGAAAUCAUCAUCCCUGUUGUAUGCACAUUUACUUUAUAGGAAGUUCCGUUGCAAUCGGUAUGAUUUCCUUUUAAACAAGUAUGUUGAGGAUAUUUUAUUUACUGCAUGGAGCUGUAAAUCUUGUUCCCAAAUCUUGUUCCAGUACUAUACUAAUGUACACGGAUUAUGGCAAGUAUGGAAGACUAGGAUCAUUCUGUCCCACUUGCUAUACACAAGUUGCCUUGUUAACUGUGGUGUUUUGCAUAACCAGUGCAUAACAUUCUGGUCCAAAGUUUAACUGUCACCUGAGAGUUACUCUAGAUAUUGAAUACUGAGUUGUGAUAGAAGCACCAUAUGGCUUUUUCUUCUUCUUCAUUUUACUUGAGUCCACUUUAUAAUUAGCUUUUUGGGAUUUAAGACAAUUUAUUUGUGCUUAAAGGGCGAACUGAGAAAUCCAAGUCUUUCCACUCAAAUAGAUGGUGAAUUAUGUUGUUGACAAUCUUGAUUUCAUGCAGUUCACUGUUCGGGAAAUGGGUGUGUGUCUUUUUAUUUUCCUAUGGGCCAAGGAUGAAGUAUAAAUUCAAUGUUCCUUACUUCUCAGCAAGAUCACUUAAGAAUCAUUCUUAUACAACUUUAUAAUCCCUUGAAAAAGAAGCUUGUCAGCCUACUAAUAGUAUAUUUUACAGUGAUAAAAGGCAACUUCAAGUUUCAAUCUUUGGAUGAAACCCUCCUACCCCUGUUUUGUGAGGCACAAUGUUGAGUUAAAAAUACAAACUGAGAAUUAUAAACAACGGCUUAGAAUGUAAGAAAAUGGUUAGAAGUCUAAACAAGGAAGGGGUAGAGUUAAAAUAUACAUGUGUGGAUGGACUGCAUUUCUUGCAGAGCACCUGCUUCUAUUCCAAGUCAAAUUUCUUCUUCAGAUACCAGAACUGAGGUUUGCCUUUUAGCUUUUUGAAAGCAGCUAUUUUAAUGACUUUUUAAAUUAUUCUAGUGACUAGUAGAAUCUAGCCAUUCAGAACUUCCUCGAACGAGAAAGUUUGUGAUAUAAAAUUCCUGCCGGCUAAUUUCUGCUGAAAACACAAGGAGAAUGAUGGAACUUCCUUACUUUCAGAAAUACACUGGAACAUGAAAAGAACGGCCACAAAGAUUUAUGCCAAUUUGUGGAUAGUAUAACAAAAGACCCUUUUUAUUUGCUUCUGCCGCUGUAAGGGAAUAAUUAGUAUCACACUGGAGUGUCUCCAGGAAUGAAGUUAGUAGAGUUGGUUAGUUUUUCAUAAUUUCUGUUGCUGUGCUGUACAGAAUGUCAUGUCCUGAGAUGCUGGAAAAUAACAAUCGAGCACAUGAAGGGGCGAAUAAAAUCACAACUUCACCAUAACUUCAUUUCUACAUUGCAGGGGGUUGGACUAGAUGACCAUUGGGUUCCUUCCAGCUCUAUGAUUCGAUAAAGUGUUUAGCGUAACCCUUAGCCCUCACUCUCCAUCAAAAUGAAGUCUAAGUCUGCAUUCAGUCACAUCUACCUCUUUUUGUGUUGCUUGUUAACAUUCCUUGCAUUCUCUCUUCCUCCUUUGUGAUCCUCCACUGUUUGAAACUCAGACUGUAAGCUCCUUGACACAGGAGCUGCUUGUUUUUAUGUUGCUCUGGAAAUUGCCAUACAAAUUGAUGGCACAAUAUAAAACAAUAACAAGUAACUACAAAUAACCUUUGAAAAGUAUUUUAAGGUUUGAAGCACCAAAUUCUUUCAAAAGAAACCCUCCCCCCAUCAUGUCCUUAAACACUGUCACUCUCAGCACAUAAUAAAUCUUUAUUUUUUAAAAAAAGAACAGUGUGGUUUCCCAACUCUUAAGAGGGGAGCACAAACACCAUGUGCUCUGCAAGCAUCUUUCUGCAAAGAACCUCCUUUCUGCCUUGGAGCACAAUAUGGUUUGAUUUCUGUAGUUUAAUCUAUGCCAGGGGUUGCCAGUCCUCCGGGACCAGGGGGCACAUUUUGAGGAAGUGCUGUGGGCACCACUCACAAGAUGUAUGCUGUGGGGGUUGUUGCAUAACAUGAAAUGGCUGUGGUGAUAGGUGUGGCACAUAAAACAAAAUGUUUGGGUGACGUGUAACAAAAAAUGCCUGCUGUGACAUCACUGCAUGGCAUAAUGGAUGCCACAUAUGAAGGAGAAGAAAUGGAGAUUGGAGCACAGAAUAGUGUGGGCAUGCGCUCCUCACCAGCUGCCUCAUCAGUGGGGGAAAAAGCACCUAUAUCAGUCAUGUACUUCCUGUCCUGGCAUCCAGUGAAACAUGGGCAUGUUUAGGGGGACGUAUUCAAGGGAGAGGUUGAUCCAGUGUAAACAGGAAAUGAGCAGGAAGAGCAAAUAAUCUGUUGUGCAUUGUGGUUUUUGAGGGGAUACCCUCCAAAGUACAGAGGGUACUGGCAAGCACACCGUUAUCUAUGGGUGCCAUGUUGGCAACUUGUGAUCUAUGUGGUUGGGAAAGGGUUGAACUAGAUGACAGUUGAUUGUCUUGAUUACCUUACAACUCUGGUUCUAUAGAAUCUAAUGUACUGAAACUCUGACUUUAUUAUACAGCAGGAGUUUGAUGAAAUAGCGAUGUGCUGAGUUUUUGUUUUAAUCUUAGUAGACCACUGGUUUCCAAGGGAUAAACAAAACGAUGAGUUUGGUCACGUCUAAGGUUUGAACUCAUAAUUCAAUAAAAGAAACCCGAUAAAUUAUCCCAUGCGAAGCUACAACAGAAACCGUAAGCACAGGUAAUUCUGUGUCAGCACAUAGUCAAACAUACAUUGGUUUUUUCCACUGUGCCAAAGCAAAGAAACACACCAGCUUUGAAGGCCAAUGUUAAAUUCCCUCCCUGCUGCUGCAAAAAACUCAAUUUCAAAGACCCCAUGGCCCUGCCUCCCUUAAGAAUAACAACGCAGACACCUAGGGUAGAUGUGUGUCCUACUUUACAGUAAAUAGUUCUCUGUUGUAAGGCGUCCUCUAUUUGAAGGGCUGUCCAGUCCAUACCUAGUUUAAACAUAAAGAACCGUAAGAAGGGAGAGCAGAGAUUCUGAAGAUUAACAAUUAGCACCUGACCAGACAGACGGGGCAUAUACACAAAUUACCUGGUCACAGCUUUGCUCGCUAUGGUGACAUUUAUUGUGUUUCUAUUUAGAUUAGUAAUUAUUUCUGAAUUAUCAUUUAUACAUAAAUAAAUUUUAGGCAAAUCUGUGUUCUCUUUUUGUGAGUGUACCAAUAGUCUCUGUGUGUAUCAAUGGUCUUUUUUCUCCCCUCAUGGCUCCUCAUUCACCUGGAACUUUAGGAUCAGCUGCAUAUCCUGACCACCUUCCAUACAUUUAGGUGACCCUGCUCUUGAGGGGGAGGUGAUAUUCCUUCUGAAAGAACAGUGGCUUUCAAACUGUAUUCUGAAGGAUGCUGGGGCUUCUUUGAAGUUUACCAGAGGUUUGUAGUGAUCGACAAGAUUCCCUGAAAGACCGGGGGGGGGGGGAAUUAAAUGUUUGGAUGCAGCCAUGUAAUCUGUUACGCUACUUACGUGACCUCAUCAGUUUUGUCAUUCACACGUGUUGCUGAAGGGAGAUUGGAUUUUAAAUUGCAUGAUGGAGUCACAAGCAAAAAUUAUCUUUGUGACCUCAUUCAAAAUGACAUUUGAGCAUGGAAUUAAGUUGCUAUAAAGUUGGCAAGGAGAUCGGUGCUGUUUCAGAAUAAAUUGCAUGUACUUAGUUGGCGUCUAGGGUUAUUAGCAGAAUUUGCGCAGUGGCUGCCUGGCCUGAAUUUGGCUGAGGAAUCUGCCAUCAUUACAACCCUUUUUCAAGACAUGUUCAUAUUGCUGUAAUUAGGAGACUGGCUGCACGGAUGCACCUGCUUUUUAACAGUACAUUUAUACAGGAUUCUUCCUUAUGCCUGAUGGGACCUCAACAGCACAAGUACAGGCUAAGAAAUAUGCACAGGGAGCAUCUUGCUUUGCCUUUAGCACUGGGAAGGUGGUGGAUUCUGCCCACAGUGCAGAAGAAUGGGAACACGCUUCAGGUGAACACGCUUAAACUAUAGGGAUUUUUGAAAGCAAAUUUGGUAUUUACAGUAGCUAAAACAAAAACAAACAAAAAAAUACAGAGAAAAUAAAUGGGUAAAAAUCAAAACAUAACUUUAGCAUUGCUUAUUAAAAAAGUUCAGAGAUAAACCAUAACUUCCAUUCUGAACAGCAGAGAGGUGCAAAGAGCUUAUCUGUGAGUGAGCAUGAUGGUGGCUGGUGUGGGUGCCUUUCCACCUGGCAUUGAUAGGGAAACUGAUGCAAGGUCAUGUCUGCACCAUUUUGUAUUUAUUUUUUCUGGUCUUUUAUAUGUGGGUGCCAUUUUAUGUUAAUUCUACACUCCAACACCAGCCAUUUUGUGACUGCCGUCACAGUACUUCCUCAAAAUUUCCAGUGUGCCCAUUGGCUACCCAAAGUUAGUGACCCUGUAAUACAGGUUAAUACAGUGCUUUUUUCUGGGGGUGGGCAGCGGUAUGCAUACCCCUAAACAUUUUGUGAAUCUAACGGGAGAAGAAACUAUUUUAUUUUAUUUUAAAUAGUUUCUUCUCACGGUGUUUCCUGAGUCUCAGAUGGAAGCUAGCGUUUAAUGUGUGAAGUAGGAGUUGGAAUCUAGCAUGGUGAUUGGUCAGUUUCAUUGUUACCACCUUCGAUGGCGGCUUCAUUUCCUUUCCCAGUGAUUUUCUUGAGUCAAAAUGGAAGUACAGUGGUACCUUGGGUUAAGUACUUAAUUCGUUCCGGAGGUCCGUAUUUAACCUGAAACUGUUCUUAACCUGAAACACCACUUUAGCUAAUGGGGCCUCCCGCUGCUGCUGCGCCGCUUGAGCACGAUUUCUGUUCUCAUCCUGAAACAAAGUUCUUAACCUGAAGCACUAUUUCUGGGUUAGUGGAGUCUGUAACCUGAAGCGUAUGUAACCUGAAGCGCAUGUAACCUGAGGUACCAUUGUACCCCUAAUUUUUUAUUUUUUAUUUUAGAAAAAAAGCACUGGGUUAAUAUAUUGGAUAUAUCCACUAAGUUUAGUUAUGAAAUAUCAAAUUAAUUUUCUCUCUCUUUUCUAACCAGAUUAAGAAGAAACAGCAAGAGGUGGUGGGCUUUUUAGAGGCCAACAAGAUUGACUUUAAGGAAUUGGACAUAGCCUGUGAUGAAGACAACCGGAAAUGGAUGAGAGAGAAUGUUCCGGGUGAAAAGAAGCCACAAAACGGAAUCCCCCUCCCUCCACAAAUAUUCAAUGAGGAACAGUAUUGUGGGGUAAGAAGUGUAAAGGUGUAAGAAGUUUUGGCAUUUUAAGAAAAUGUACAGAUUUGCUUCAUGACGUUUGCAAAACAUUUUCUUGGUCCUCUGUUUGCGUUAAUGUUAUGCCCGCUUUUGUGAACUGCUUGCACAAGAUGGUUCUGGGUUCGGGUUUAAGUUAUAGCAUAGGCAUCACAGAGGUCCUUGCUGUGUCCCGGAAGAGCUUGGUGGACAGAAAACUACCCCUGGCUGUAAGCUUAGGGUCCUGAAAUAGGGUGGGAUCAGAUUGGGUUGGAGCUGGUUAAGGAUUGGAUCCAAAGAUGUCCCAUUCCCCUGAGAGGGGCAGAUCUCCUCUGCCCCCACAUUGCUUCCAAAGGGUGUGUGUGUGUGUGUUAAAAAUAGUUGUUCCCUCACCCCCGCCAUUCACCCCACUUAUGAUUGCUGUGCAAAGGAACUGUUCUGGGAGAAACACUGGAAAGAACUGAUUUGUGCAUUUUCUGGCUAUUAAACACUAAGAGAAUGAACCUUCUAUGCUCACACAGAAUGGGAGCACACAUAAUGUUCUCGGUCCUUUUACCAUCCUUAUGAUCCCUGUGCUGGGAGAGGUUUGUGGGGGGUCAGGAAGGGUGACAUUGAUAUGCUAAACACACACCUUUUCAUCUAAUUCCAGGGGAGUAGAGGGAUGAAUUCAUACUGAAGGUAGGAUGGAUUGCAGUAGGGAAUGUGCCAUCAGAUCUCAAUAGCAAAAUCAUGCAUAAGGGUUUGGAAGCAGUACCUGUGUUCCAGCCUAAAAUAAACCAACCAAAUUUUAGAGUUUCCAGAAAUAAAUUCAUUUUUUAAGUAAGAGCAUAGCCCAAGACAGUACAGCUGGUGGAUUCCAUAAGCAUUUUUACCUUCCAUCAAAUACUUCCAGGCUAUAGGAAAAACAAUGCUGAUGCCCCUCCCCCCCCGUCUUGCAUUACUCCAAUUUGUAUCCCACAAACUUUCAGUGGAAAUAAAUAAAUAUGUGCAGUAUUCAGCACAUGGAUCUGAUUAUUUUAUGCAUCCACUCCUUCAGAAAUGUCUUGCACCAUGGUUGCAGCAACCAGGAAUGACAGUUUAAAGCUGCCUCCAUAGUAGCUCUUUGUGUGGCUUGCCCCUGAGGGAGCUUCACGUUAGGUAGGAGAACAUUUUAAAACAGCAACAGCUUUCUCGACUAACCUCUUCUUUAUGCACAUCCUGUAGCAAAAACAAGUAUUCAAAUGGAUGGGAUACAAACAGCUGAUUUAGAAGUCAAGUAUGAAAAAUGUAAUCAUAAAUGGAAGAGAUGUUCUGAUGUAUGAUUGAGUUCUUAGAAUUAGGGUCAGAGCUAUGAUAAAUGUCAAAGGGAGUGGGGUGCAACUGAUCCUUUCAGGAAUAGUCCAGGUCCUGAAUCUGAAAGUACAAUUUUACUGUUUAGCUCUUUCACACACAGAGCUAUAAAGAUAUCAGAGCUGGCCAAAGACAUUUUUCAACCCAAGGCAAAAAUCCGUAUAAAACCUGGUCCCUAUUCCAUGCACAGAAACCAAUCACACAAUUCUACUUCAACAUGUACAGCAUGUGUCUCCAUUGGCUAUGCUCAGUGGGGUUGAUGGGAGUUGUAGUUUAGCAACAUCUGGAGGGCCAAAGGUUCCCCACCUUUGCUCUACUGCUUCUGAGGUGAGCAGGCUCAGUUAGGAGGUGCAAGGCAAACUGAGCGAUUCUCAAAUCUUUGACCUCUCCCUACCUCUCUGCAUUGGCCACCUGUAAUGGCCAUCUCACCCUGCCUUGCCCUGGAGAAAAUUCAUGGAAUUCACUUCCACAAGAUGUGUUGUUUAGCCACCUGCUUAAGGGUGCUUCCACACAGGCAUCUUCUCAGAAAUUUGGCCUUAAAAAAAGCAACCAUCAAGGAAUGAACAUAUUAAAAAAACUAAUGUGAGCCAAUGAAAAAAUAACCACUUUGAAAGAUUCCCUUUUCCGCACACUUGUGGAAUUAGAGUUCCAUAGAGAACUACAUAGUAGAAUAUAUGUUGCCGAAGAGCAGCUGCUAUCGAACGUCUGCAUAGACUCUAAAUUAGUAAUAUACAAUAUCUCUGACUCUGCACAAGGCUAUUUUAGGCACCAAGCAGUUGACAUACCAAAGUACACGUCUAAGGGCCUUUCCAGAUGAUUAGAAAGACCACUUUAUAUUCUUAGCACAAUAUUUGCACUAGCCCCAAUGCAGCACCAACAUAAUAGCACCCCGUCCCCUUACGAUGGGGAGAAGGUAGCCAAAAGGCACAGAGAGGAUCUCCUUACGGUGGGCAAUGGCUUCUUUCAGGUUGACUGCUCUUAAAAAGAAAUGGUGGAGAUGUGCGCUACAAAAGAGGGCCAAAAUGGACAAAAACAGAUUACAAACUAGCAAGGAACUAUUGUGAGUGGAGAGGGGAGCUUUUUUUGCUAUUUGCAACAUAAGUUUUUUUUUCUUUUUUAAAGAGUAAUAUAAGGGUGAGCAAAAUGCAGCUCUCCGUAUGUUGAUGGACUACAGUUCCCAUUGUCUCUGACUAUUGGCUGGAGCUGAUGAGAGAUGUAGUCCAACAACAUCUGGAGGGCCACAUGUUCCCUAUUGCUAAACGAUUGCUUCAAUUCUUGAAGAGUCCAGCAGAGGGAGGGCUCAGCCUCUAAACAAUUUUUAAAAAUUAAAAAUAAAAUGGCCUGUAUCUAUCUACCUACCUACCUAAAGACAAGCAGUAUCUCUGUCCUGCUGCUCUGGAUGAAUAGAAUGGUCCUCUUCUUUCUUAAUCUUUAAGCUUAAAACAGGUGGUUACAUGGCGAGUCAUCUUAAUCACUUCAUUUGCAUGCCACCUUUCCAAAAACAAACAGAAAUUUCGCUCAAAGCAGCUUACAAGAACGGGAACAACAAUAUGUAAACAAUACCAACAACUGCAAGAAUAAAUUUGUAAUAAACAGUAAAGCAGCAACAUGUAACAAAUGCCACAGCAAGUUAAAAACAACAACCUAUCAGUAUUACGAAUGCAUAAAUGUAACCAGGAAUGGGGAAAAUUUCACCUUGGUUCUAGAUGUUCUAACCAUUGCUGCUAUGCCCACAACAAGUGAGUCUGCUCAAAUGUCUGGACCUUGGCUUCCUCAAAGGAUCAUUACCCGAUGCCAUCAUCAUGCAGACAGCAGCUUAUCCCAUAACGUUACUCACAGUCUCUCUCCUGAAGCAGCUUCUUAUAAGGCAUCCAAAAGCAGGAGGUGGGGUAGCAGGAAACAUCUCUCCUAUGAUGUUACUCACAGUCCUUCUCCUACUACAGCUGCUUGGCUAAUACCAAAACUGAACACGUAAGGAUGUUUGAAGAACAAUUUUGUUUUGCUUUUAAGUACAUGGCUAGGAAAAUAUGAAAGCAUUCUCCUGGACAAAAGUUCACAAUGUGCAAUGUGAGCUUUAGAAUUAAACAGAUCCCUUUCCUCAUAGGAAGAGCCUUGCUGAGUCAGACUAAAGGCCUUUUUAGUUCAGCAUCGCAUUUCCCACAGUGACCAACCUGAUGCAUCUUCUGAAGCCACCAAGCCACAUAGGAGGACAGUAGCCCUUUUCCAUCGUCAUUUCCCAGCAAGUGGCAUUCGACAGGAGUGUGCACUGCCUCUAUGCAUAUCCCAAAUAACAAGGCAAAUCAGGGUGGUUUGCGAUAGUCUUUCACGUUACCGAGUUGCAUCACGCUGUUAACAAGGCAUGUUGAAGCGGAUCAGGGAGCACCCAACUUUCCAAGUAACCAAGUUGCCUGGGGAAAUACCCAGGACUUAAGGGGGGGGGGGAGAAGCGUCAGAGGAGAGGGAAAGGGGCGGAGCGGUGUUUGUGAUAUUUCAUUUUGACAAACAGUUCUAGCUUUUUAUCAUGGUUCAUACAUGCAUGUACAUUGCUUGCAUGUCUGCUCAAAAGUAAUACCCAUUAAUUUCAAAAAGGUUCACUUCCAGCCAGGGGAGUCUGCUUGGAUAAUCACACUUUGGAAGGGGAAAAAACAGCAGUCGUUAAAGAUUGUGUCUUUCAUUGUUUUUAUCCAUGCCAACAAAAUGGUUUAAUUUGAACCGUGGCCUGAUUUGAAUUCCAUAACUCAGUCAUAGAAAUAACCUUUUUGAGCAUUAGCAGAGUAUCUUUCUCUAAUGCCUAGCUGACUCAAAACAGCAAUACUUAGCAUUUACAGAAGGACUGUGGCCUUAUGUAUAACACUAAUUUUGCUUCCUAUUUUCAGUGUUUUAAAUAGGUUUGCAGAAUCUUAUGUUUCUUAUUAAUUUUUUAUGUUUGUGUGUUUCUAUUCCCUUUUUAGGAUUUUGACUCAUUUUUCUGUGCAAAAGAAGAAAAUAUUAUUUAUUCAUUCCUAGGUCUUGCACCUCCACCAGGCUCAUCGGUAUGUUUAUAACCUUUGCCAAUACUUAUUCAUCUUAAUUUAGUGAUGAAUUAGACACUGAUGCAGCAUGUAAAACAAUGUAGAUUGCUAUGCAAUUUUUAAAAAUUGUCUUUGCACGAGAGUAAAAAGCUUUUAAGGACUAAUUGAUGCAGAUCUUGCAAUAAAAAUUUGCUAUUUGUCAAAAGCCACCCAUUUGCAUUAAUUUAUAAUGAGUACAUCCUGAUUUUUAACAUUGCGUUCAGUGGGAUAUGGAUUGCACCCAACUGAAUAUGGCAGCCAACAAUUAUAGUUGAAUGAAUGCCCCUUUCAUUUUAGCAGAGCAGGUUCUGAAUAACUGUACUUAGAACUUCUUAAGAUUCUGAAAUGUUGCUAGUUUAAAGCAAUAAUGGCUUUAAUAGGAAACUUCAUUAGAGGCUCUGGGUUUUUACUCCACACAUAACAAUAAUACAGAAAUACCAGGAAUUUCCAUUUAAGAGAAGCUAUAUGACCUGGUCCAUCUAAUCCUUGACUUUGCUUUUAAGUGAGAUUCUCACUACUAGGUUGUCUCCAUGUGGCAUGAUUUUCUAUUAUCACCCAAAUUGUUAGGAUCUUGGUCACUUGAUUAACCAGAUCUUCAUAUCAUCACAGUUCAUGGUGCAAGUUCUGUGGAGCCCCCUGUAUCUUUCUGCAAAAGAAAGUUCAUUGUGCAAAACAUCCAAAUCCUUGGUUCACAUAGGCAUGCACAGCCCAUGACUCUCCAUUGCUUAGACUCUCAGCGCUGGGCAUGUGAUCUGUCCCAAAGGCAGCAUUACUCUACAACGUUAGUCAACAUUAAAACUGCUUCUGCAUGAGGAACUCCAGUGCUUUUCUGAACACACUGCUGCUCAUUCGGAUUGGCAGUGCCUCUCUAGGAUUUCAGACAGGAGCUUUUCCCUAGUGCAGUGUGCAUAUGUGGUGUGUUGAACAUAGGGCCACCUGCAUACAAAGCAUGAACUCUGUCACUGAGCAACAGCAACAAAAUACUUGCAUCUCAGGAUCUCUAGCACAUGGGCUACUUCCAGCUGAAGCAGAAGCCAAGCCAUGUAUAGGACAAGCAGGCAGCAGAAUGUUGAAAGUAAGAUGUCGAAGGUCGGGACAGGGGAUAAUUUGAAUUCAUUUCACAUCUAAAGGCAAACCUACCUAAUUCACACUUUUUGAAACAAUAUGAGAACUGCAACACAGCUAGCCUUCAACAUUCACAUUUUCCUGAAUUUUACAAUGCCAUUCUCCAAGUAAUGUUUACAAAAAUAUAACCUGGGGUAAAGUAGCCAUAAAAAUGCAUAUAUUAAUGAAAAUAACACACACCAAUGCACUUUUUUAGGGGAAAUCACACUGAAAACGGCACAGAAAUGUGUAUAUUUGGGAGAAAUUCCCACAAAAAUACUUAUACGUUUUAAGGAGAUGUACAAGGACUCCAAAUCUUUUCCCCGAUCAAUGCCCUUUGUGGAAUUGAAACCUGUAUGUAAGCUACCUUAUGAUGUGCAUGAAUGGAGCAAAGAUCUUGAAAAAAUUACUAUGUAAACAAAUCUUUCCAAAGCCAAAUUGUGACUCCCCAUAGUUUCUCAAAGCAUGGCAUACUUUAAAGGGAGAACGACAAAACAUGUUGUAGGAUGUACAGAGGGAAAGGAGACUAGAAAAAGAAGUUGUAAGAGCUCCUGGUGACUGCCUGAGAAGUAAUCUGACAUGUCACCAAGCUGGUGUACUAAGUUAGAAGAAGAUCCACCCCCCCUUUAAUACAAAUAUGUAAUUUGUGGCCUUGUGGGGCAGCUGGCUGUGCUGAAAGGAUGGAGUGACAUCUCUGUUGUCAAGAUUCUUGAUUUUGGUCUAUUAAUGCACAGCAAUGCACCUUCAAUUUGUCCACUUCAUAAUACACAAUGAGAUACGUUGUUAAAAAAAAAUACUAUGAAAGUUUUGGAGACCUAUUUAAAGUGAUAAGAGCAGUAGCCACAGAAGAGGCAGCCGCUCAGAAUGUUAUAACGUUAAAGUACAGUGGAAGCUUGGUUCUCAAACAGCUUAGCUGACGAACAAAUUGGCUCCCAAACACCACAAAGCCAGAAGUGUUCCAGUUUUCUAACAUUUUUCGGAAGCUGAAUGUCCGACGCAGCUUCUGCUUGAGUGCAGGAAGCUCCUGGAGCCAAUUGGAAGCCACGCCUUGGUUUUCAAACAUUUCGGAAGUCGAAUGAACUCCCGGAACGGAUUAUGUUCAAGAACCAAGGUACCACUGUAUCUUACUGAUUGUUAUUAUUACAGUGGUACCUCGGGUUACAUACGCUUCAGGUCAUAGACUCCGCUAACCCAGAAAUAAUACCUCGGGUUAAGAAUUUUGCUUCAGGAUGAGAACAGAAAUUGUGCGGCGGCAGCAUGAGGCCCCAUUAGCUAAAGUGGUGCUUCAGGUUAAGACCAGUUUCAGGUUAAGAACGGACCUCCGGAACGAAUUAAGUACUUAACCCAAGGUACCACUGUACUUGCUUAUAAUCAGCUUUAUGGUGAUUAUUUUUAUUUUUAAGAAAGAUAUAUUCAUUAUGCUAGAAAAUAACAGCAUAUGGAAGCAUAUUUUUGUAUAUUAUUACACACACACAAAUCUCCAAGCAGCAAGAGAUCUCAGUGUAUGACUUCCUUGGAGCAAAGGUCAGCAGAGGCCAGCAGGGGUACAUGAGGGGAGAAGCAGACUGGCUCUGCCACUUACCAGGCCAGGGAUAUGGUGAGGUGCUGAUGAGGUCAGGGGGGUUUCUUGUCGCCUGCAGGUGUGUGAAGCCACCAGCCUAGAGCUCCUCUUGCCUUGCCCCCCUGCUGGUGGACACGAUGGUGCUGUUGUUGCUCCCUGUCAUGUGCCGCUGUUGCUAGAGGCUCAUGGUGUCUUUGUGAUAAAUGGCUUUGUUUACAACCAAUAGUUAACAGACUUGGCCAAAGUCAUUAAAUUAUUGAACCACUUUAGAAGCCUGCUUUUUCUGCAGAAUCCCACUUGAGAGGUAUGAAAUCGUGGGCUGGGAGGGGACCCUAAAUAUCAUGCCUACACUAAACCCCCCCCCCCAAACAACUUACUUGUUUUGUUUGCUUCUACUUUUCUGCUCAGAAAAUGAUACAGUACUGAAAAACACUUUGCUUUGGGUUGUAUCCAUACACCAAGUUCUACUCAGGGUAAACCUAAUGAAAUGAAUGUAGCUAAGUUAGUUAUGUUGAUUAAUUUCACUGAGUCUACUCUGGGUAUGACUAGCUUUGGAUACAACCCUUUGAUUUGAUUAUACUGAAUGAAUUAGAAAACAGAGUACCUUGCUGGUUAAUGAUCAUACUCUGUUCUUCUGAUAUGAAACUGAAAGAAAUGAGCAAUCAUUUCACUUUAGUGAAAGCAAUCUAUUCAAUAACUAUGCUUUAUUAAAAUAAUUUAGGCAUAGAUCUUUGCUCUUAACUACUGCUGCCUACCUUUGAUGCUUUUCAGUGUUGAUGGAAUUGAAAGCAUCCUAUUAUGUUUUUAUAUGACUUUUCAAGAAACAAAAAGAAACAGAAUUUAAAUAUGCAAGUGUGUAUAAAUGCACAUUACAUGGUUUGUUUAUUUACUUAUAUUUAGACAAUCUAUAUACCAUGUAUUUGGAGUGGGGCAGAAUCUCUAAACAGUUUAAAACAGCUUCGUCAAUAACGAUCAAAUACAGAAAAUACUAGGGGGGAAAUAUCACAGUAUAAAACACCACAACUGACAACAGUACAGGGCAUCCUUUUAAGUAUCAGAAUAAAAUAUUACACAUGACAAGCAACUUCAGAAUUACAAUGAAAAUUACACAUUUAAAACAUAAUUAACAAAAUAUAACAACAUUCCCAAUCACUUAUACGAUGAAAAAGAAACAAAUGUAGUUAUAUUCUCAGCCCGCUAUGUAAUCAUCAACACCAUUAACCGUCUAUCGGCAUCUAAAAUACUUUCCACUCAGGUCUACUCAAACACACUGUUACCUAGUGAACACACCAAAAUCAAAUAUGCAAGCUUGAUAAACCAAUAAACCACUCUGUAGCCUCUCCCAUGUCAGUCUCAGUUCCUCAAUCAACAACUCACAUGUCUACGCCACGAGACCCAGACAAACCUAGACAGAUACUGACCUUCAAAGUAAGCAACAAUACAUAAGCCCUAAGUGAAACAUUCAAACCCAGUACUUGCCCUCUCCACUUCUGAAUAUUGUUUGAAUUCUUUAUCACAGGAGGGAAGGAUUACCGAGGAGAUACCGACUGUGCCAAAUGGUGAAGUUUCAGGAGAAGAGCAGAAAACUGAAGAAGUAAUAUGAUUUUUUUUUAAAAAAAAUAUCUCUGUAUAACAACAAUCACUUAAGUGCUUUUUUGGAAGCCAUGUUGCCAUCUCCCAGAAACUCUGUGUGAGUGCCAACAGUUCCCCAGCAUGACUCAGAUUGCCUGGCUGGCCACCGCAUCAGCCUUUGCCAACUCAGUGUCCUGCAGAUGUUGUUGGCCUGCAGGUCCCAUCAUGACCCUUGGCCAUCUUGGAGUCCAACAACAUCUGGAUGGCUGCAGCAUCCUCAUCCCUAAUAUGGAAGGAACAGCAUGACCUAUGAGAGCUAAACGGUUUGAACUUGCCGUAACAUUUCUGCUUAAAAAACGCAGGAAAAUAGCUUGACUUUUAAAAGAGAAAGUUAACAAUCAUCCAGUGAGCACAAUUACAUGAGAUUUGCCAAAUGCAUUUCAGAGGUGAAGAAGGAAUCCGGAGUAGCAGUAUGUGAAUUUUCCAUCAGCAAGGAUUUCUGCAUGUGCAACAGAAUAUUCCCCCUCCUGCCCCUGCACACCCCUUAAAUCGGGGGCUUCUCCCAAACUUCUGAAGCAGAUUUGGGGAGGGUGUAAAUGAAGGGAGCAGUGGGGGAAAUCUAACUGCAGGACCAGAAAUCCUUGCACUGGCAGGACAUGUUGGUUGAAUACCACCCUAGAUUUCUUUGGUUUAAAUUGAUUUUCUCUUCUGCGAUGUUACUUGUGUUUUUCUUUUUUGCUCCGUUGCCAGGAGAUUGAAAAGACAGAGGGAACUGAGGAGAAUGAGGCAAACGCAGAAGAGGAUGCAGAAGCUGAUUCUGCUGAAGUGCCAACAGAAGAACAGGUCAUUUCCUUUUCUUUUUUUCCCCUGCUUGCCAUUUUUGUUCAAAGCGUCCUUCACAUCUCUGAUAUCCAGGCUCUGAGUGCCAUCCAUUGCUUUUGCAGCCAAAGCAGCAGUACCAACAUGUGAGAGGGAGGUAUUAGCAAGCUUAUGGGGUGAGCUCCGAGAUUUGCAAAAGUUUUCCUAAAAUCAUUAGGGGGAGAACAGCCCAAUGCUCAGUAGCCACGGACCAUUGACUCACUCCUGGGGGUGAGGGCAGAAUAGAAAACCUUAGUGGGGAGGGAGUAAUGGAAUGGAGUGGUUGGAAUCCUGAAGAGGAAACACUUCACACUACAACAUUUUGUUGCAGGUUGCACUUGUACACUUCUAAAUUUUGCAUAAGGAUUGCAUUCAUUCGGGUGGCUGUGAGGACCAACAGCUGGAGGGCGACAGGUUCCCCAGCAGGGCAUUGGCGGCAUUCUCCUGUUGCUUAACCAUCCACAGCUGCUUGUCUGCUGAGUAACAAUCGGCUUCCCCUCACAGAAACCUUUAUAGUCAGGCACCGGCAGCUGAUUCCGAAGUGUCGCUUUCAGUGUAUCUGCCCGCAUGCUUGGAGAGGAAUGAAAACCAUGAGCAGCAGCUGCUACCUCAUUAGAGAAAUAAGACAACUUGGAGAUGACUCUGAAUUCCACUGCAGUAGAAAUGCAGCAAACAUGUAAUUUCUGCGAGUGAAAAGGAUGAUUCUGCAUAUUAACAGACUUGUAAAAGAACUCUUUUUGAUGGUUUGACCCUGCAGGGGCCAUGGAAUGGAUAAAUGCAGAGUCAAAAUGAUGCACAUGUAUGCAGAAGGAGGGAUCUCGGGGGGUGGGGUGUCAGUAUUCUCAGUUGCACCUGUCUUCUUUGAAUGGCUGUCACAGAUGUUCUGCAUCUUUUGCCAGCAACAAAAUCCCAAAGUCCCAGACAGGUGCUAUUUUCUGGAUGUAAAGUUAUUCACUGGGCAGGUCAGAUCUUAAAGGUUUCUUAAACAUCUAUCCUUUUCACAGCCAUUGGUGAUUAUUGAUACAGACACCACUGAAUAUAAGUGUUUUCAUUAAGACGUUGGGCAUUUAUUAUGUGGUGUUUUCAUGCUGCCCAGACCUUCUUCUCAUUGGUGGAAAAAGAAUGCUUCAAGAGCUGGGCACUUCACUGUUUUGUGAGGGCCAUCGAGAGAGGUGAAAAAAUUCUGCUUUGCUGUCAUUCCCCUGCCAUUCCUCUUCUAACUUUUAUUUUGGGACUGAACCAAAAUGGGCUAUUUUGGGGAGGCAAAAUUGGGCAGGUAAGGGAGUUUUGCCAAAUGUCGAGGGGGGGGGGCUGAAAUUCUCCAACACAUUUUCCCCCCUCACAGAAUUGUCUUCUGGGAGAUUUUUGGCUCACUCAAUGUUGAAUAAAAUUCUGUUGUUUGUUUAUAUUGUUGGGUGAAGAAAGGAGAAUGGGAAGGAAUAAGAACAAAGCCAAUUCCUUCCUUUGUAACAGUGGUUAAAAUGACACUGAACAGUAUAUUAGCUUGAUUUAUAGUUGCACCCAAAAUCCAUGGAGAAUGAAAUGGUCAAAUAUUUGCCAAGCAUUUUCCAGGGGAGGACUGGAAUUCCCCAACAGAUCAGGAGCAGCUGAAAAAAAAGUGCCAGGAGGUUAUCUUCAAUUAAUUUUUGAUUCAGCCCUACUUUCUGUGCUUAAGAUAAAGGGGGGAAAGGAACAUUAUGCCUUGCAGCAUUCUUUAGGGUGUAACCCAAUGCAUAUUUAUCUGAGAAUAAACACAGUAGUAUGACUUUCUUCUGAACAAACGUGUAUAGACCCUCCUGUAUAAUAGAUCCUAGUCUUUCUCAAUAGUAUUUUUUUUGUCAUUGGUUGCUAUCUGAUCUUUUUUAUUAGUCUGUUUUAAGGGAUGGUUUUUCUCAUUUGCAGGAAGAAGGCGAAGAACAGCCAGUGACAGAAGUACGCUCAAAAACUUCUUGUAGUCUGCACUUUGAUUUGUCUGCUUGCUGACUAAUGUAAAGCAUUGCUUGACAACCCUCUUCCCCCAAGCUGAAUCACAAAACCAAGUUAUGACUGGCAUCUAGCAAAGAAUAUUUAUGUAUGGGCCUGUUUAACUUCUGGGACCAAGGAAUUCAUUCUAACCAUUUUCUCAGAGCAAAAUGGCAUGCGCUUGAACUGAUGUACCCAGGCAGCACUUGGUGCACCUAUGUAACUAUGUGGACAUUCAUGCCUGCUUGCACACACCUGCACAGGGCACAUCAGAGACAUAGGUGUAGCUUUGUCAAUCAGUCAGGUAGCAGGUAGCUUUAGGCUGAAUUGAAGGACCUUGGAUAGCUCCAAACAGACAACCUGCUGGGCCUGAAGCUCAGUGGAGACCUUUUAUCCCUCUUGCACCAGACUUUCCUUAAAGGAACAGACCUCUGGCUUGGAGCUUCUCAGCCAACUCCUGCCUUGUGUGUUGUAUGUGUUUACUAUUAAAACCAAUUGAGGUUACAGUGGUGCCCCGCAAGACGAAUGCCUCGCAAGACGGAAAACCCGCUAGACGAAAGGGUUUUCCGUUUUUCGAUGCGCUUUGCAGGACGAAUUUCCCUAUGGGCUUGCUUCGCAAGACGAAAAUGUCUUGCGAGUCUUGAGAUUUUUUUUCGCUCCCCCCCCUUUUUCUAAGCCGCUAAGCCGCUAAUAGCCUUUUAGCAGCUAAGCCGCUAAGCCUUUAAUAGCCGCUAAACCGCUAAUAGCGCUAAUCCGCUAAGCCGCUAAUAGGGUUGCUUCGCAAGACGAAAAAACCGCUAGACGAAGAGACUCUCGGAACGGAUUAAUUUCGUCUUGCGAGGCACCACUGUAUUUCCUGGGGUUUUUGUUACAAAUCUUUUUUUUUAAAAAAAAUAAUUUUUAUUAACAGGCCAAUCAUAUCACAUUAUCCAAAUCACAUUAGUUCCAAAUUAUACAGCCAAAUUUUAAAUUUUGUUGGGGGUACCCAUACAUCAAGCUCCACACGAGUCCAAAACUCCGAACGAGUCCAAACAUCACUUAUAUUACUGCUUAAUUAGACAGUUCUAUCCAGUUCAAUCUAGAUAGUCCUUUAUUACUUUCUUUCUCAUCUUGUUGUUAUCGUAUAUUCCUUUCUUUGCGAUCUCUGAUAAUUUUCACAAGCAGAUUGAAAACAGGCAUCCUCUGUGUGGGUUUUGUACUCUUCAAAGAUCAUAUCGCUCAGGGACAGCCUCUGUUCAACGCUUCCAUAAAAAAAUUAAUCUUCGGUCUGUCCUUUACUUUUCUCAGGCUUAUCAAAUGAAUCAGGGGGCUCUGCCAGGUCGAGCUUGCCUUCCAACAUUCCUUCUCUUUCGAACGAUCCUGAUUCUCCUCCCCCUGUCCUUCUUUCUCCGGCAAGCCUGUCUUGGCGAGACGCCAUUUUUUAACUGCGUCAUAAAAAUUUUCCUCUUUCUCACUGUUCACCAAUCCUCUCUCCUGUUAUAAUCCAUCCCACACAGUUCUUGAAUUCCUGCUUGUGAUUAAUAAAAACGCAACGAUCUUAUUUCUAUCUGGGGUGAAGGGUUAUUAAUAUCACAUCGUGCAAAGAAAAAAAAAGGGUUUAUUCCUCCACCCCCCCUUCAUUCCAAACAUACAGUCUCCUAGUGGUGAUUCAUCAGAAGAUUUACUUAUCCAUCCGUCACUCCCGGUCACAGAGAUCCAUAAAUCAGCAGUCUUAUCCUCGAACAUUACUUGAUGUAUGUGCUUCAGCUUCAUUCCAAUCAUAUGUUUCCAAUUAUAAUUCCGAGCUGAAGCUAACCAGCACGCGCUAAUUGGAAUCGGCGUCAGGAAGAUCUGACUUCACCGACGGCUCGUGCCAAGUGUUCGGCACCCCCAUCUCUCGGAUCAGGGGAUGCAUUGUGAACACCGCUGGCAAAGGGAGCGCCCCCCCAUCUCCGGGGGGUGGGUAGGAAGACUGCAUGCUUCCCAUAGCAGCCCCUUAAUUACCUCGUAUGGGUCAGAGAGAUGCUAUUGUCGGCCAUCUUCCAACGUGCCACCUGAUGGCCCCCCGUUACAAAUCUUAACCAUAAUUUUUUUGUGAAAAUCAAAUAUUGUUUUAUACCUAGCCAAUGCAUCUGCAUGCAUCUUCUGCCUUUUUUUUACUUUCUGGAUUCAUUUUUUCCUCCUAAUACAAGUCCACUGCAGACUUAAUGCUGCUGUUAAGAUAAAAUUGGCAUUCUAGGGUUGGUGCAAGAGGACUGCUAACGACAUUGUUAGGGGCACUCCAAGUUUUGUGCUAUAAUGCAAGCAACAGUGACCUACUUCUUCAUCUUCUCGUCUUUUCAAACCAAAAUUGCUUCAGGAGGAAGGAAUUUAGAGCAGAGAAAUGGCGUGAGAAGAAGAAGGGCUUAAAUUGGGGAGGGAGAUGAGGGCAUACAUGCCCAGCCUUCCCACACAGAAUAUUGUCAUAUGUUGGUAUUGGAUGUACUCUUCAUGGAACAUAACCUUAGAUUGGGCCACAAAAACUGCUUGUGAGUUUGGACACAUAACUUGAAUAACAAUGUUUUGGUGCAUCCUAUUCUUAUAUCACUGUGGGGAUGAUGGAAUUCUCUUGGUGGAAAAAUGCAGAAGGUGCCACACAAUUUAAUACUCUGCUCUUUCCUCAUUAUGGUCAUUCUUAUUUAUAUAACACCAUCCAUGCACAUGAAGCUUUACAAAGAAUGAGAGAAUGCAUUCCUGUCCAAAAUGGUUUACAAUCUAGAAAAAUUGCGUAAUAAAAGAACAGAGGAAAGGGAAGAAAAUGGAGGCAGGGUAAAUUGGGUAAACUGGUUCCCUUUCAGUUGUGUGCUUCAGCAACACAUUGAGUAUGCAAGACACUCUGAUGUAGACAAUGCCUCAGUGAUAUUUCAUGCUAGGAGUACCAGUGCACUAUGGGGCAGAAUAUACCGCAAAUGCCCACACAUUAAUCUAUGCAAAUGCUGUGGAAAUGAAUAGGAGCAACACAAUAGCACAACUUGCCUUUUUCAUUAAUUUGCUAGGUGAUGGAAAAACAAAGACAUGUAGACUAGAUUAUGUGUGGUAUGUAGAUAAAAGUCAAAUACUGCCUUCUGAAUAGGGAAAGUAGACUCUAGAAUAAGGUUAACAGGCGUCCCCGUUUCCCGGGGACAAUCCCCGGUUUUACAAAUCAGUCCCCUGACAAAAUCCAUCUAUUUAGUAGGAAGUUGAAAAGUGUCCCUGGAUUCAUUGAAAAAUAUCUGGUAACCUUACUCUAGAAUAGCUUUUGCUAUUGUUUCCUUCUAACAGAUAUGAAAAAAACAGUAGAUCAGAAUCUAACUUGAACAAUAUUAUUCUGAUUUGUAGCCACAUACACCCACUAAGAUGUAUACACUCUUUCUCUCACACACACACCCAGACACUAGAGAAAGAAGGCAUAGACUACUGUUGAGUUUAUUAGUUUGGCUGAAUUAUGCUUCUGCUCUUUGAUCAUUAAUCAUUAAAUCUAAUGUGGCUUGUCUGCAUAUGUUAAUGAAGUAAAGAAUUCAACAUUCAGCUGCAUUAAGUUUUUAUAAAAGCUUGUAUUUCUGUUUAGAAAAAUGAAAUGUGCUAGCAACACAGUAUGGCUGCAAAUGGAAUAUGCACCCCACCUCCAAAUUGAGCUUUUCCUUCUCGGAGAAUUACACAUGAUUUAUGUCAGAAAAAUAGCCCACCUUUUAUAGAAGGAUCUGUGAUCAGGAGACUACGUUCUGCCCACGCACCUUUAAAAUUGUAGCAGACUUUGCAUUGCAGUAUAAGGUGCUUUCUCCCAUUUUCUGAGGGAGCAAUAUGCAUGUCACAUUUAAUCCACUGUUUCAGUAGUUGUUUCUUUCCCUUCCCAUAUUUGAAUGUUCUCUCCUUUAUAUAAAUAAGGAAACAGAGGCAGCACAGGAGGAGGAAGAGGCAGAAGAAGAAGAGGAAGAAGAAGCGGAGGAGGAGGAGGAAGAAGAAGAAGAAUCUUAGUACAAUUCUAUUAUGACUUUUUCCUUCAGAAGACUGUUCAGGUAAGUUUGCUGGCAGCUGCCUCAUUUCAGCCUUUACCUGAAAAUCCUGAUAGUUUCAAUCCCUGCCACCAAAACUUUAAUUUGUCUCAAAGGGGGAAUAGAGAAUAUUUUCCUUGCUUGUUUUAAGCAGACAAUAGUAGGUGUACAAUCUGCUUACAUGCCUUCAUUUAUUUUUCCAACAUUGGGUGGGAUUUAUAUAGCAUUAAUGGGUGAUACCUAGAGCAUGAGGCAAUUAAUUUAAUCCACUUUUGUUCCAUCAUUCCUAGUGGCAGAGAAACACGUAUAUUCCUCUCUUGUUGAAACUGAUGGGGCUAAAAGUGUAAACAACUGGGUUAUUUAUCUGGAUUGUUUCCAUAGGUUUUUUUAUAAUUUUUUAUUGAUUUUUCCAUGUAUACUUCUAACAGUAUAUCUUUAAUAAUUUUCUACCCUUCUCCCCUGGACUUCCCUCAUACUCCCAUUUUGUUUUAUUUCCAUAUUGUUCACCCUGUGUAUUGUUUCCCAAAAAUUUUCCCAAUACAUAUAGUCUUAUUUUUUGUUGUAUACAGUUGUGAUUGUUUACUCAAACCCUGCCAAUGAGUCCAUUUCUUUAUGUUGCCUCUUCAUAUAUGUUGUAAAUGGUUCCCAUUCUCUUUUAUAGUCUUUGUUGUCCUUUUCAUGUACUUUUUCUGUUAGUUUUGCCAGUUCUGCAUAUUCCAUAAGUUUCCCUUGCCAUUGUUCUUUCGUUAGUAUUUCUUCUGUCUUCCAAGUUUGUGCUAAUAUAAUUAUUGCCGCUGGUAGUGCAUUCAUCUUUAUUGCUGCUAUCCUUUCCAUCAAGGAGAGAUUCAUUCUAUUCCAAAUUUCCAAAUCUUUCUUAAUCUCAUUCCAAACUUUCUCAUAGUUGUCUUUAUAUAAAUUUAAGUUUUUAUUAGUAAGCCAGAUUCCUAAAUAUUUGACUUUUUUGUGAAUUUCUACUUUUAUAAUCUCCAAUUCCCUUUUCUCCAGUUCUGUCAUAUUUUUUGUUAGUAUUUUUGUCUUUCCUUUAUUUAAUUUAAAUCCUGCCACUCGCCCAAACUCUUGUACUGUAUUUUUUCUAAAGCCUUAGGGAGACAUAGUUUUGGUUCGUCAACUGUGGUUACCAAGUCAUCUGCAAAUGCUUUCAACUUAAAUUCAUUUCCCCCCGUUUUUAUUCCCACAAUCUGCUUGUCUGCUCUUAUGUUUCUGUUCAAAACCUCCAGGACCAGAAUGAAUAAUAAAGGUGAUAACAGACAUCCUUGUCUCGUUCCUUUUUCUAUUUUGAAUUGGUUCGUUAUCACCUGGUUAAUAAUUAGUUUUGCACUCUGUUCUGUAUAUACAGCUUGUAUCCCUUUUAUAAUUUUUUUCUCCAUAUUCCAUCACUUUCUUUAUAAAAUCCCAAGAUGUAUUAUCAAAUGCUUUUUCUGCAUCUAUGAACAUCAUUGCUGCUUUUUUCUCAUUUCUUACUUCUAAAUACUCUAUUACAUUUAAGAUAUUUCUUAUAUUAUCUUUCAUCUGCCUACCUGGAAGGAAUCCCACUUGGUCUGGAUGUAUAUAAACAUUUAAGACCUUUUUCAAUCUAUUAGCUAAAAUAUUAGCAAAUAUCUUAUAAUCAUUGUUCAGUAAUGAAAUGGGUCUAUAGUUUUUGACCAAGGUCAAAUCUGUAUCUUGUUUUGGAAUCAAAGUAAUAUAAGCUUCCUUCCAUGUUUCUGGAAUUUCCCCGUCUGUUAAUACUUCAUUCAUUAUGUCUUUCAUUGCAUUUACAAGCUGUUCUUUAAAUUUUUUAUAAUACUUUGCUGAUAAUCCCUCUGUUUGUCCACCUUUAUUUGAUUUAUUGCCUUGGGGAUUUCUUGAUCUGUUAUUUGUGUAUUUAAAAAUAUUAUCUCUUCUUGUUUUAUCUUUGCCAGAUGACUCUUUUUUAUAUAUUCCUGUAUGUUGAUUGCCUUUUCAUUUCUUCUUUUGUAUAAAUUCUGAAAAUAUUUUUAAAAGACUUCCCUUAUUUCUUUUGUUUUAUCUAAAACUUUCCCAUUGGAAUUAAUUAUACCUAUAUGAUUCAUCUGUUGAUUUCUCCUUAAUUGCCAUGCUAACAAAUUUCCAGGUUUGUUUGCAUGCUCAAAGAAUUUCUGUUUCAUUUUUUUAAAUUUCCAUGUUAUUUCUUCAUUGAUUAUCAUUGAAUACUGUGAUUGUAAUAAUUUUAUUGCCUGUUUUAUUGAUUGUUUAUUUGGGUUUUUUCCUAAUUCAUUUUCUUUCUUUGCUAUAGCAUCCAAAAUUUCUUUUUUCCUUGCUUCCCGAGCUUUUUUUUUUUACAGCAUUUUGUUUCCAUAGUUUUAAACAAGAGAGUUUUUGUAGAAUUGUAUGAAUCAAGUUUGAGGGGCGUUUUGAGACAGAAUGUACUUUUUUAAAUCAGCAAAGAAGCUCCAUAUUCGUACUCUGGUGAGAGCAUUCUGCAGCCAUUUACACUGAAGUAAUCCAUGGAUCCCAAUGACUUUCUGUCCUGCUUGUGACUGGACACUCAACAUUAAUCAAUAUACUCCUUCAACCUGCACCCAGUUCAUGGAUAUACAGGAAGAACUGCAUUUUCAUAUAAUUUUCUAUUUAUUUCUUGGUUACAUUUAUAUAUUACCUUCUCUCACAACAACCCUGUGAAGUAGUUAAGGCUGAGAGAUAGCGAUGGGCCUGAGGUAACUCACUGAGGUUCAUGAUGGAGUGGGAUUUGAAACUGGGUCUCCCCAGUCCUAGUUCUUUGCAAUCAAUAAGACUUUAUGUAUGUGUCAUAUCAGUCUUAAUUUUGUACAUCAGUGUCAUGGUUGAAUCUCACAUGGUUGCCACCCAGAAUUGCAACAUCUUUGUUAUCUUAAUUUACACUGAAGCCCUGAUGUGACCGAAUUAGUGUCAGGUCACCCAAAGACUUAAUAUAAAUAAACGGAAGGUAUACUUCCUCCUUGCCAUUACUUUUGUGCACUUAAGCACAAUAUAUGCUGUGAUUGGGUGUUUGUGGCAUGUGCAUUUUCUUUAUUGUGUUGCCAGUCAAAACAGUCAUUUGGCAGACUAAUGCCAUCUAGUGUUUUAAAAUGAGGUUGUAAAAGCAAGUAGGUGGUCCAGCGAAGCACACUUCUGACACUGCCUGGCACUCACGCCUGGAACAUCAGGUUAAUAUUUUACAGAAAUAUUAAGUCAGCUCUCAAAAAAGAACUUGGUCAAUGACAGGAAAGUCAUUCCUAUUGUGUAAACAUAAUACGGUCUGCACUGCCUGUUGACUUCUUUUUAUGAUCAGAUACCAUUUUAAAAUUAAUUUCCAGCAGUGCUGUUAGAUUAAGGUCACCAGACGUCCCCGUUUCCCGGGGACAGUUCCCAGAUUUACAGAUCAGUCCCCUGACAAAUUCCUAUCAUUCCGACUCAUUUCAAUGAAGUGUCCCUGGAUUCAUUGAAAAAAAUCUGGUAACCUUAUGUUAGAUCGUCACUUGAGCCAUGACUAACAGGGUUUGUAGCUGGCAAACCAGCCAUAGCUGGGAAAAAGGCACUCCUAGCCCCUGAGGCCACCUGAGCUUCCAGUUCCCCAGUGUUGGAUCUAGGAGUACCACCAAGCUAGGAACCUUCUCUUUCCAGGGAACCACAGCCCCAUCUAGAACAAGCCAUCUCCCCACCUCCUGGACUUGAUUGUUUGGAGCUGAGUUGGUCCUUUUGUACAUAAAGCUGAUGUUGGAUGUAUUGCAUCAAAUAUAUGUCAGGGACUGGCAGGACACUGAUGAGUGUGCACCGGGGGAAGGGGGCUGGAGUCUGACUUGGAAGAGGAGGGCAGUGAUUUGUGGGGAACUGUACCAGCCAUGAGGCAAGAGUUCAGAGGCAGGGGAAGCUUCAGAGCUGGAGGGUAGGGCACUGGAGGAAGAGGCAGGUCAGGCAAGUGAAGGGCCAGGUGCUUCCCCGCCCUCUCUUGUACCACUGUCUUCCAGAACCAGGAGAGAAUUGAAAUGAGAAGAGCAGAGGCAGUUCUAAGCAGGCAUAGUCUCCGACUGCAUGUGCACAGCCCAUAGGAGGAAGAUACAUAAGCUGGUGGAAGGGCCAUGUGCCCUUGUUGCUGCAACUGCUCUAUGUGCAGCAACUUGGGAAUAGCUGCAUAGACACUAGGUUGGUGUGCGUGGGGUGGAGGGAGGAGUAUUCAUAGCCAUGGAAACUACUGUAAAAGUGUCAGCUUUGACAAUAAAGAGCUAGCUAUCUGCCGUGUGCAUUCCUUUUGCUAGGGAGAACCCUUGGCAAUAUAUUAAAUUUGGGGGUUUUUUUGCCCCCACAGGAAACAGAAGCCCAUGGCAUCACUGCAGUGUGAAGAUAAAAGCAAUCACUUCCCCUCCACAAAAACACCAUUGGCUUUACUCUCCAACUCCAGAUAUCGGCAUAGAUGUCACCUGAGACAUCAAGCAGCCCUGCAGGAAAAUCUUUAUAUGUUGUGUCAAAUGGGUCUUCAGAUCUUCAGAACUUGAUGGCCAACGAACACUGUGGGUCUGACUUUAGGGUGUAGGUUUCUGUGGGCAGGGACUGUUUCUCUCUCCAUGUUUGUGCCCUGCCAGGCACACACUGACAACGCUCAGAGGUGAUGGCAAGGCUGAACGGAACUGGAACCUGCAAGGAAGCUCCACCUGUAUGUACCAUAAUGACCUGCUUGUUUCUAAACUAGCCUUUGAAGUCAGUAUUCUUUUUAAUGUACAGCAACUGAAAUAAAGCACAUUUCAUGUUGACUAUCUGCUUAUUCCCUACAGGCAUUAAUUUAUCAUAGUAAAUAAGAAAACUCAAAGUUAUGCUUGUAGCCUGCAUGGUGCCUUCACUUAAGAAAAACUUCUCUGUGACUGAUUGCCUUCCUGAGUCUGUAUUUUUGUGAUAGCCCUGUACAGUAUUAGAUUAUCUUUUCAUUAUUUCAUUGUUCAUGGAUGCAGAGAGCUUUUCAACAGACUCUGAGGAUAUUUGCUUCCUUAUCUCCCCCCCCCCCUUGUGCCACUGAAAAGCUAUUUUCAGCUCUCCCUGUGACAUAUAUUUGGACAAGAACUGCAACUAAUCGGUAGAUGCAGGGCAGUUUUUUAAUUCUCUUGCAAUUAUUUUGAAAACUGCAGUAGGCUGCGAGAAACUUGCACUCUAUUGGGAAAUUCUUUUGUGGGAACCCUAAGGAAAUUAACAAGCGCUGUCAAAAAGCUCGUUCUAGCAUUAUGGUAAGGGUGUAUACAGAGCAAGCGUCAAAAUACCGCAUAUGCUUUAUUGCAGAUUGAUUUAUGUUGGCAGCUACAGAUGGGAACAGCAAGGAAAUCAGACAAGAUGCAUGAGACGUUUGCAUAGGAUCUCCCAAUUAAAAACAAUUACAAUUGCAGCAAGGAGGGAUUGGAUUGAGACCAUGGGAUUAAAAAAAACACAUUUCUUUUGUGCAGUUUUUCUAAUUUCCCCCCUCUACCACUAUUAGCCCUCCUGGGCAAAAUGUACAGAUUUCCACAUGCUGCCUGUAUGCUUUGCCCAGUUAUGUAGGAUGGGGGUUUUAAUUGGAAAAAUAGGAUGGGGGAAAGGGUUUGAAAUACUUCCCAGUGUAGUGGCCCUGAUCCAAAUUGGGCCAUUGCAACUGCUGCUAACACUUCAAAAACAUAGGACUUCCUACUCAUCACAUUUAGUUUGUCCUUGAUUCUGGAUUCUCCUGUUGAAUUUCCAGGCACCAUUAGACCUUGGCAGUCAUCUCUAGCUUGGCCUAGAUGAUUAUGAUAGUUGGACACGUGGCUUAUAUUUGAGAAUCAGGGGCAAAACCUGUCAGCUCUCUAGCAAGGCAGUUUUCGUGCAGUUAUAGCUGGCAUGAUAUGUUUGUUUGUUUUUAAAUACUAGUUAUUGAAGUGCUUGUUUAGGAACACUUAUGCUUUUAAUAAAGACCACAAUACAAACCUGGCUUAUAGCUCAACAGUCCAUUUACUCUUGGAUAGUCUCACUGGAAUCAGAUUCCUUUAAGUAAGUGGACUGUGGCCAAAGGAAAGCUUUAAUUCUUUCUCUAAUGGUGAAGCAUUAAGCACUUUCAUUGAACACCUAUGGCAAAAGCAUUGCAUAAUUUAUCCUAGAGGUGCUAGGAUAGCCUUGGCUUACAUUAUCUUCUUAACUCCUCCAAAUAAACAUUUUAUUCUUGUUUUGCAUCAGUUGGUGAUAUUGCAAGUUCCUGCUUUCCGAUGGAUAGUUCUAUCUGUCCUGGUCAUUGGGAGUCAUUAUAGCCCUCACGUAUACAGUCGCGAUGUGUUAACUUCCAGUGCCGGAGAGUAUUAUUUUGAUGAAAACAAAAGCAAUUGUCACUGCCAGUAGCAGGGGUUGGGUUGGCACAAGUUUACCAUGGGCUGUACACUGUCUAUAAUCAGCUUGAAUUGUAAAAUGUGGGGGCAACAUUGAACAUUUUUUAAAAAAAUAAUAAUCUUGGAUAUACACUUUAAAGCCCUGGACUUAAAGACUUGGUAGACCAUGUGUGAUGGUGUUCUAGCCUUUUCCCUUUUUUGUUACACACAUUUGCCUGCCUUUGACGUGAGCUACUAGCAGCACACAGGUGCCAAACCACAUUGGCAACCACAUUGUCUGUAAUGACUGCACUCUGUGUUAUUUUGUUUAUUCCUCCCAUAGUGCCUUUGUGUUAGUGUAAGAGCUGAUAGAGACUUCAGUGUACUUAAAGAAAACAAAACCUUUUUCUAUCCA